AUGGGUAACUGGUUCUCAAAGAAAUCAGACAAUUAUGAAAAUGUCUUGUCAAAGUUGGCGGAGUCGAUUGACAAGAAGAAGGCACAACUGGCGGACAUUCGGCUGCGGGAACGACGAAUGACACUCCUCUUUACGCUCUACUCGCUAUUCACCUGGGUUGCAUACACAACUCUAUGGUAUUUGGAGCUGCUUCCGCGUGCUUGGGCACGAACGCAGGCAGUGAAGGUUCUGAGCGCACUGCCAGUGGGGUUCGUGCCAGUCAGCGUACUGUCCAUUCGACGCCUCGUGCACGCGUUCUACUCUUGGAGAGCAUCAUAUGAAGAGAUUGCUUUAAAAAAGCUGCUGGGAGAGCAGAAAGCAAAGAUAGAGGAGAUUAAGAAGAAAACGAACUAUGACUCGACUCGUAGUCUUCUAGAAAAAUAUGGAGAAACAAGCGCUAGACCAGUCCAGCCUUCCGCCCUUCGACAACGUGGUCCUAGUCCGAUAGUGGGCAGUCAGCCGAGUACCCCUUUAAGACAUGAUGACCCUCCAGCAACUGGGAAUCCAUCUGGUAUGGUCAUACCACGGCCCUUGCCACCUUACUUCCAGCCUUCUCCCGCAAGCCUUCCACCCCAAACACGAAAGUGGUAUGAUACCUUGGCCGACGCUCUGCUGGGGCCAGACGAACAGGUCGCAUCUCGGGAGAAAUAUGCGUUGAUCUGUGCUAGGUGCUUCACUCAUAAUGGUCUCAUUACACCCUCUGAGUGGGAAGACGUCCAAUAUACAUGUCCGAAGUGCGGGUAUUUCAACCCUUCCCGUUAUUCUUUGAGAAGAACCGACUCUCCUACUGUGUCCGAGAGCCCACCGCCUGCUGUUGCAUCGGGUGGUGCGACUUUGCUCGACACCCCGGGCGCGCCAACUGUCGGCAGGAUUGACAACUUUCACCCAGUUACGCCACCUUCAACGGAUGUACAAGAGGCACGAACAGCCACGGAUACAGACAAGCAAUCCACGGACGAGACGAUGAUGGAUGUGGAUACUCCGACUGUGCCAUGACUUGGCUCAGACUGUCGAUGGGACCACCCUAUACAGUCCACCGAGUUU